AUGGAACAAAUUGAACAUUCUGACGUGUUAAUCGACUCAUUACCAUACAUUGAUCAAGAGAUUGAUUAUGAAGGAAUGCGAGCAAAAGUUGAUAAACUUGUCGAGCAAGAAAUGAGAAAACGACCCGCCCAAUCAAAACGAGAUUAUGCUUCUCAUUUUCCUUCUAAUUUUGAAUUAUUUAAAGAAUCACCUAUACUUGCAACAGAAUAUCAACGUGUUCAACAAGGAAAACCAAUCACAGAAAUGGAUACAAGUAGAUAUAAAUUAAUCGAACCUGAUGAUAAAGAAGAUGAUGAAUUAUGGAAGAAAGCUGUUGAUAAUUCGGAUGCUCAAUUAUAUCAUCAAAAUCUUCGAUUUUUUAAUCUAGAAUUACUUCAAAAAUUUGGUGCAAACGCAUGGAAGCUUCAUAAUUAUCAAUUAGAACAUGAAUUACAACAGCUUCAAAGAACUUUAGAGGAUUAUCGUCAAAGAGUUUUAGAGUUGAAUAAACGAAGAAAAGCUGAACAGAUUCAAGCAGGGAGUCAAGUCGAGGCAUUAGAAAAUAAAUGGACAGAAUUAAUUGGUCAAACACUUCAAUUAGAAGUAGCUUGUGCUUCACUAGAAACCGAAAUACAACAAUUAAAACAAGAACAACAAUUAAAACAAGAACAACAAUUAAAACAAGAACAACAAUUAAAACAAGAACAACAAUUAAAACAAGAAAAGCAAGAGUGA